UAAAACAUUUCAUAUUUACGGAGAACUUCGUUUCCCAAACUGAACUUGACUAACGGAAGCACUUGUUCAGCCAAUGAAAUCAAUCGUUAUAACCGAACAGCCACACAGUUGCUGUUGCUACAACAAGAACAGUGGUAUUGCCAUCGGGUUGGGAUCUUUCACCUUCCAAGGCUGUUAUUCAUCACAGAACACUCAAAAUGGCUGACGAGGGACGGUAUGCCUUCAUUGUGGAGUGGUACGAGGAGAUGGCCGCUCGCACAAGGACCUUCCAGUUCUUUUACUUUGCACAGAGUAAAAGUUUUGAGAUGUUUGACAUCAAAACUCGCAAGAUGUUCUUGAAAACAAACUUGGCGAACUGUCCAGUGGAGCUGCACGACCUGUACCUGGGAGCUUCGGUCAACGUGUUGGGAAGGCAGCUACAGAUCAUUGACUAUGGGGACGAAUUUACCAAGAGGAUGCUUUCAAAUAAAUUGGAAAGGACGCUAGGAUUCAUCAAGCCCGACACACUGGACAAAAUGGGCGAUGUGAUUGACGCCAUUUACCAGAGGGGUCUACUCAUCUCCAGGAUGCGUUUGUGCCACCUCGGACAAAACGAUGCCUUCAAAUUUUACGAAGAACACAGCGGGAAGAGUUUUAUGAAGGACCUCAUCAACUACGUCACAAGUGGACCAGUCCUGGCGUUUGAGCUCGUCGGGGAAAGUGCCAUUGCCAGAUGGAGGGAGCUCAUUGGUCCAACGGACCCGUCGAAAGCCAGGUCGGAGGCUGCCACAUCGCUGAGGGCCAGGUUUGGAAGAGAUGUGACCCACAACUCUGUGCACGGAUCCGACAGCCCAGCCUCCACGGCGAGGGAAGUGGAGGCGUUCUUUCCCUCGACCGGCCGCCAGUCGCUGCCCAACUGUGUGGUGGGCUCUGGCUGUACCUGCUGCAUCAUCAAGCCUCACGCCAUCAAGAGUGGUACUGCUGGGAAAAUCAUCAACGCCAUUCAGGACUGCGGCUUCACCAUCAACACAAUCCAGAUGUUCACCAUGGAGAAAGCCAACGUGGAAGAGUUUUACGAGGUUUACAAAGGCGUAGUCCACGAGUACCCAGGCAUGGUGAACGAGCUUUGCUCCGGUCCAGUCAUUGCCCUGGAGAUCACCGGCAAAGACCCGACCUGCGUCGCUGAAGCGUUCCGUGAAGCCUGCGGCCCGGCCGAUCCUGAGAUCGGCCGACACCUGCGGCCGCGGACGCUGAGAGCCUUGUUUGGCAUGAACAAAGUGCAAAAUGGCGUGCACUGUACCGACCUUCCCGAGGACGCGCCUCUCGAGGUGGAGUAUUUCUUCAAAGUGCUGGAUCGCUGAGUGAGAGAAGAGAGAGAGAAAAACGCAUGUAGGAACAAAGUUUGGAACAAUCUCAGCAUAUCCGUCCCGUCCAUCCAUCAUUUUGCUAUUUGUGAUUCUGUACAUUACACUGGUCUGUGUUGUUUCACGACCCUGAGCCCGACUGUAACAUUUUUGUACAUUCUUUAGGAUGAAACAUUUUAACCUGAAUCACAAAAUGUUGUUUUGUGCCUUACAUCAUAGCAUACUCUUUCUUUCAAAGGAGGGGGGGGGGGGGGGGGGGGAGAAAUUAGUACAUUUUGUCUAGUUUUAUAAACUGUUCAGCAAUAGUGGUGUUUGCUACUUUGGUUGAGUGGGAAAUAUAUAUAUAUAUAUAGCCUAUAUGUUAUAGAUUUGAAAUGAGAAAGGAAUUAGUUCGGCUCAAUUUUCUUAUGGUCUAUCAACUUUUUUUUUGUUUGUAUAAAGACAACUCUAAUUACAUGAGAUAUAAUUUAUACAUCUUUGUUUGUUUUCAUUUGACAAGUUUCUCCACUUGAAAGUGAUGUAUUCAUCUGCCUCUAAUAGAUGCGUAUGUAUGACAGGAUGUCAAUAAAAAUAAUGAAUUUUUCGUAAACUUG